AGCAAGGGUCACCGGGUGUAUUGGCCAGACAAGCGGACCAUCAGUAUCGAGCACGAUAUCCGUUUUGAGCCGGAUGUCUCCACCACCGCAGUUGAUGUGCCGCUCGAGGGGGAGCACUUGCAAAACGAUCAGCACCCUCCUGCUGAGUCAACUGGCCAGCAUGCACCUGAAAAGACUGUGGUACCUGUCCCAGAACCCAUUGUUGGCACUGAUACGGACCAAGGCUGUGACCCACCUCCACACGUACAGCCCGAGCCGAGAGCACAACGCACACGCAAGCCAUCACAAUGGAUCAAGGACCUACAAUCCGGUGUGGGCACCGCGGGCGGCCGGGGAGCGCAGAAGCUUCCCUCAUCAAUA